GUACCACUCUGGCGCUCCAGAGGCGGCCUCUUGUGCGAUCCAGGGCGCGCAGGGCUGGGAGAGCGCCCCGGGGCCCCUGCUCUCCACGCCAGAGGUUGGAAGAGGGUGGGUCGCCGCCGCCUGAGGGCGAGAGCGCCAGAGGAGCGGGAAGAAGGAGCGCUAGCCCGCCCGCCUGCCUCCUCGCUGCCUCCCCGGCACUGGCUCUCUGGACUCCUAGGCUUGCUGGCUGCUCCUCCCACCCGCGCCCGCCUCCUCACUCGCCUCUUCGUUCGCCGGGGCUGCUUUCCAAGCCCGGCGGUGCGCCCGGGCGAGUGCGGGGCGAGGGGCCCGGGGCCAGCACCCAGCAGGGGGCGGGGGUCUGGGCAGAGCGCGGCAGGCCGGGGAGGGGCCAUGUCUGGCGCGGGCGCAGCGGGGCCCGUCUGCAGCAAGUGACCGAGCGGCGCGAACGGCCGCCUGCCCCUUCUGCCACCUGGGGCGGUGCGGGCCCGGAGCCCGAAGCCCGGAGCCCGGGUCGCGCGUAGAGCCGGCGCGAUGCACGUGCGCUCGCUGCGCGCUGCGGCGCCGCACAGCUUCGUGGCGCUCUGGGCACCCCUGUUCCUGCUGCGCUCCGCCCUGGCCGACUUCAGCCUGGACAACGAGGUGCACUCGAGCUUCAUCCAUCGGCGCCUCCGCAGCCAGGAGCGGCGGGAGAUGCAGCGCGAGAUCCUCUCCAUUUUGGGCUUGCCCCACCGCCCGCGCCCGCACCUCCAGGGCAAGCACAACUCGGCGCCCAUGUUCAUGCUGGACCUGUACAACGCCAUGGCGGUGGAGGAGGGCGGCGGGCCCGGCGGCCAGGGCUUCUCCUACCCCUACAAGGCCGUCUUCAGCACCCAGGGCCCCCCUCUGGCCAGCUUGCAAGAUAGCCAUUUCCUCACCGACGCCGACAUGGUCAUGAGCUUCGUCAACCUCGGUAAGGGCAGGCGGGGGUACGCGUCUCUGUUCGGGGGCACUUUGAAACCGGGAGGGAGGGAGCCGCUUCUUCUAUACAGCCCGCCCAGCUUUCUGCUCCUGGUUGAAAUCGCAGUGCCUGCCCGAGGGUCUCCCACCCACGGCCCUAUGGCUCCCAAGCUGUGUGCGCCUCCAGGUCUGGCGCGCUGGGCUCG